UCGGCGAGCUGUCUGGAAGUGAUCUUGUAUUCCCAGCUACUAACGUCAACGUUUCCUCCACUAUGACUACCGAUCCACCGUUAGCCGCAGCACCGAACUCCUCAGUUGUAACGAUCGCAACCAACUCUGGGUUUACGCUAGCUGGAACAGCCGCAUUUUCAACGACAUCGUCGACUGUGCCUCCUGGAUUGGUGCCGCCCGCUGUGGCUGGGCCCUCCGGUCGGGUUCCGGCAACGAUGAUUUCAACUACUACGACUAAUUACGGCCAACCUUUGCUGACAGAGCAGGCAAGAGCGAGUCUGCAAUGGGUGCAGGAACAUCGAGCAUUCCUCGAGCAGCAGUUGGAAGAGAGCCACAAGAAGGAACUGGAGAGGAAGAAGGCAAUGCUCAGUCAACUAGCGAAUAAUGCCCUGCAAGGUGUCAUCAGUGGGGCGGCAUCGAACAGCUUCAAUGAACAGUCCGCCGCGGUCGGGGUCGGCAAUGUCGGAGGCUGGCUGGGACGGAUGAUCGACGAGAUGGACAAUCUGUCAAUCACACCAGUGAGCACGGGGCCACAGGUGACAACACCGGUCACACCCGUAUUCAACAACAGCUCCACACCAACGACGGCGGGUUCUGCAAAUCAGUAUGUAUUCGAUCCGUCUUUCUCAUCCCUGAUGUUUGGGGUCCCUAGUACCAUGUCGAGAGUUUCCACAGGCCCGGUUUCUGCAGGUCAGUGUUCUACAACGCCAUCUAUUCCUUUGUACGGAUAUUCGCCACCUGGGGGGGAUCACUCUCGACAAAUCAGUGCGUUUCCUAUUAGCACUCAGGUUUCCUCGAUGGAUUUGAGGAAUGCGAACAUGACAAACGUGGUAACGGCCUGUCCGACGAUUCCAACAGUAUCGAUUCCGCAACCAUCGGUUUAUGGGGGGUUUUCAGUGAACGCAAGUGCACCUAGAUUGAACCAAAAUCCCAUCGUAUCGCAAGCUCCCGUGGGUGGGUAUUAUCCAGCGAGUUCAGCUCUUCCGUCAAGCUUCCCGUGCCCGGUGGGUCCAACGCAGCAACAACUGUUGGCGAGGCAAGUCAUGCCGAGAGAUCUUCCGCCGUUUCGAGGGGAUCCUGAGGAUUGGCCGCUGUUUUUCAGUGCGUACACCAAUUCGACGGCCGCCUGUGGGUAUUCCAAUGUGGAAAAUUUAGCUCGGCUACAACGUGCGCUACAGGGCAAAGCGUUCGAGGCGGUGAAGAGCCGCUUACUCCUUCCGGCGUGUGUCCCUCAUGUCAUGUCCACGUUGUACAUGCUGUACGGUAGACCGGAGCUAAUAAUCCAGACAUUGCUGGACAAAGUUCGUGAGACACCAGCACCAAGAGCAGACAGGUUGGAAACGUUAAUCACUUUCGGCAUGGCGGUUCAAAACCUGUGCGACCACAUCGAGGCAACUGGGCAAAUGGCACACAUGUGUAACCCAGUUUUACUGCGAGAAUUGGUGGACAAAAUUCCCGCGCAGCUACGUUUGAACUGGGCGCUCUACAAACAGCAGCUAGCAACGGCCGAUCUACGUACGUUUGCUGGGUUCAUGUCCAUGCUAGUGGCAGCCGCCUCGGACGUCACAGUUACUACGGAUUCCAAGCAACCUCGAUCGGGACGAGGAGAGCGUGGCAGAGACAAGAAUUUCCUCAACGCUCACGCGGCCAGUGAACCAACCGCAAAGCAACAUUGUCAAGAAGAGGAACCGAGGAAGUCGGAGGUCAAAGAGGUGCUGUGCCUGGCGUGCGACGGUCGUAACCACAAGGUGAAAGAUUGUGCAACAUUCAAAAGGUGGGAUGUGAACAGCCGCUGGAAGACCAUUCAAGAUCAUUCCCUUUGUCGUACGUGUCUAGGGAAACACGGACGGCGUCCUUGCAAGAUACAAACUGUUUGCGGUGUAGAAGGUUGUCAGCAGCGGCACCAUCAGCUGCUACACUCCAGCGCUCAGAAGCAACGUCCAUCGGGCAAGGAAGGUCAGAACACGAUAAAGCAGAGCGAUAAUUCUGGCGGAGGGCUGAAUGCACACCGUGCCACUAAGAAGUCUACACUGUUUCGGAUCGUUCCCGUUAAGCUGUCGUGGAAAGGGAAGUCGGUACAAACUUAUGCGUUUUUGGACGAUGGAUCGGACAUGACUCUGGUCGAACAAUCGAUUGCAGAACGAUUAGGCAUUGAUGACGGCGAACCAAUUCCCCUUUGCCUAACUUGGACAAGCAACGUGACUCGACAGGAACCGAAGUCCCAACGUAUUCGUCUGGAGAUAUCCGGAGAAGGCAAGAACGAACUAUUUGCGCUGCAUGAUGCAAGAACGGUGUCUAGCCUCAAUCUUCCGAAACAAACGCUGAACUAUGGAGAUUUGGCCCGGAAAUACACGUACCUUCGGGGUCUCCCGGUCACCAGCUAUGAGGCAGCCGUGCCUGGCAUCUUGAUCGGUUCAAACAACGCCAGCUUGACUGCAACGCUGAGUUUGCGCGAGGGUCAACUAGGCGACCCCCUUGCCAGCAAGACUCGGCUCGGCUGGUCGGUCUAUGGUUACACUGCUGAAGGAGAGAAGGCAACCAACUUCACGCUGCACGUGUGCGAGUGCCGACAAGAAUACCAGGUGGAUCAAGAUCUUCACAAUCUCGUCCAGCAGCAUUUCACUAUCGAAAGCGUUGGUGUUUCGGCCGACAAGGGGCCAGAAUCAGAGGAGGACAAGCGUGCCCGACGGAUUCUAGAGGAGACAACAAAACGCGUUUCAAAUAGGUUUGAGACUGGUCUUUUGUGGCGUUAUGACCAUGUGGAGUUUCCGAACAGUUUUCCCAUGGCAAUGAGGCGUCUGGAAUGUUUCGAGCGAAGGAUGAAGAAGGACCCGGAGUUGCAGUUAAGUGUACAGCGACAGAUCGGCGAGUAUUUGGAGAAUAACUAUAUCCAUGAAGUGACGCAGCAGGAAAGUAGAUCUACUGACCCUCGCAAGGUGUGGUAUUUGCCUUUAGGCGCCGUGAGAAAUCCGAAGAAGCCGGGCAAAAUAAGGCUCGUUUGGGAUGCUGCGGCGAAAGUAGGUGGCGUUUCUUUCAACUCCAUGCUCCUCAAGGGUCCAGACUUGCUGACACCUCUUGCUUCGGUGCUCUGCAGAUUUCGCGAACGGCCGGUAGCUGUUUGCGGGGAUCUAAAGCAAAUGUUCCACCAGUUCCGAAUUCGCCAAGAAGAUGUACACAGUCAACGGUUCCUCUACAGGGAACAUCCAACGAAACCUGUCAGGACCUUUGUGAUGGAUGUCGGUACGUUUGGGGCUACUUGCUCUCCCUGUCAGGCCCAAUACAUUAAAAAUCUUAAUGCGAAAGAACACGAAGGAGAAUUCCCGGAGGCAGCAAAAGCGAUCGAAGAGAAGCACUAUGUCGACGAUUACCUCGACAGCUUCGACACAGAAGAGGAAGCGGUCAAGGUCGCACUUGAAGUGAAGGAAGUACACGCUCGUGGAGGUUUCUGUAUCCGGAAUUGGCACUCUAACUCGGACACCCUCCUGAAACGGGUCGGGGAACCCAAGGGAGUACAGCCGAAAGUCAUCAGCAUCGAUUCGGAGUGCGAAGUGGAACGAGUUUUGGGCCUUUUAUGGCUGCCAGAAGAAGAUGUAAUUGCGUUUGCCAACAACCAGGAGCUGGACGGUAUUGUACCAACAAAACGGAAUAUCUUGCGCUGUGUUAUGAGCCUGUUUGACUCGCAGGGCAUCCUGUCACACAUCACGAUCCAGGGACGAAUGAUCAUCCAGGACACCUGGCGCACCCAAAAACAAUGGGAUGAUGAGGUCGAGGAAACUAUCCGUAUGCGCUGGGUCCGAUGGACAAAACUGUUCGAGGAGGUCGGCCAGAUGAGACUUCACAGACCCUACUUUCCUGGUUUUUCUGCUGCUGAGGUCGGUUCGGUAGAGCUGCACGUUUUCACGGAUGCAAGCGAGGAGGCAUAUGCAUGCGCAGCCUACUUUCGGGCCACGAUAAUGGGAAAAGUGCAUGUUACGCUGGUGAUGGCCAAGGCGAAAGUUGCUCCAUUGAAAUCGCUAUCGGUGCCACGUCUGGAGUUGAUGGGCGCUCUGUUGGGAGCAAGGCUAGCCAAAGCGGUACAGGAAUACCAUACGUUACCGAUCAGUCGACGGCUUAUGUGGACGGAUUCGAAAACAGCUUUAGCCUGGGUCCAAUCGCAACAUCGUCGCUACCGACAAUUCGUGGCGUUCCGUGUGGGAGAAAUCCUAAACAAGACAGACGCUGCGGAAUGGAGAUACGUUCCCACACAGUUUAAUCCAGCCGACGAUGCCACCAAGUGGGGUAAGAGACCCAGCACAGAUGUUACAUCACGUUGGUUCCGCGGACCCGACUUUCUGUACCAGCCGGAAAUAGAAUGGCCGGAGCAAAAGUCAACACAGUCGUUGGAAACGAAGGAAGAAUUGCGGCCCUGCAUGGUGCACCGAGAGAAUCCAGUUGACGAUGUCUACCAGAUCAGCAACUUCUCCAAGUGGGAACGGCUGUUAAGGGCAGCUGCAUACGUACAUCGCUAUAUCGCAAACUGUUACCGCAAAAGUAAAAAGCAGAAGCUGGUCACGGGGUACUUGCUCCAAGAAGAGUUGCAGCAAGCAGAGAACAGCCUGUGGCGAUCAGUGCAGGCAUCUACGUAUCCGGAUGAAGUAGCUGUGCUGAAACAAGCAAAUAAGAACCCGAAGAGGCAUAUCGAAAAGAGUAGUCCAGUCUACAAGCUGUCGCCGUUCUUGGACGAGAAUGGCGUGAUGCGGGUGGACAGUCGUAUAGGUGCAGUUCCAUACGUCACGUACGACUUCAAGUUUCCGGUGAUUCUACCACGCCACCACCAUCUCACCGAGUUGAUCAUCGACUGGUAUCACCGCCGGUACCUACACGCCAAUCACGCGACAGUACUCAAUGAAGCUCGUCAGCGGUUCCAUAUCUCGAGUCUCCGCACGGUAAUACGGCAGGUUAUUAAGAAGUGCCAGAGCUGCAAGAUUACCAAAGCAGUUCCAGUAACUCCAAGAAUGGCUCCCCUUCCGGAGUCACGUUUAGCGGCCAUGGCGCGGCCGUUCUCCUACGUCGGGCUCGACUACUUCGGGCCGAUCCAGGUCCGGAUUGGACGCAGCUGUGUUAAACGUUGGGUGGCAUUAUUUACGUGCCUAACCGUGAGAGCCGUACACCUGGAAGUCGUUCAUUCACUCUCCACGGAGUCAUGCAAGAUGGCGGUUCGUCGGUUUGUAGCGCGUCGUGGGUCACCAAUCGAAAUCCACUCAGAUAAUGGUACAAACUUUCAAGGGGCUAGUCGAGAGUUGCGAGAUCAGAUUAAAGCGAUCGAUCAACAACUGGCCGAAACGUUUACCAACUCGAACACUAAAUGGAAAUUUAACCCUCCGUCCGCACCACACUUUGGUGGCGUUUGGGAGCGACUUGUGAGAUCCGUGAAGGUGGCACUUGGCUCAUUGUGCAGCGAUCGGAAUCCUGACGAUGAGACCCUACUGACGGUUAUAUCGGAAGCAGAAUCUAUAGUUAACUCUAGACCGCUAACUUCCAUUCCUCUGGAGAGCGCCAACCAAGAAGCCCUGACUCCAAACCACUUUAUCUUGCUAAGCUCUAGUGGAGUCGUCCAACCCCCUACUAAGUUGGCCGAGCCAGCAAAGGCCACUCGCACGAACUGGAGCUUGGCCAGACAGCUCGUGGAUCACUUCAGGCGGCGAUGGAUUACCGAAUACCUUCCGACGAUUGCCAUCAGAAGUAAAUGGUUCAGUGAAGCAGAUAGUCUCAAGGUGAACGAUCUUGUCCUAAUCGUUGAUGAAGGUCUACGCAACGGAUGGAUGAGAGGUCGGGUAACAGCGGCAAUUCCCGGAACUGAUGGGCGAAUUCGUCAAGCCAUGGUCCAGACAGCUGGGGGGUUGUUUCGGCGCCCGGUGACCAAGUUGGCAGUGCUCCAGGUGCAAGACGAUAGUAACGCAGAGGUAACAGAGAGGUCACAGGUGCGUUACGGGUCGGGGGAUGUUGCCGACUCUGGCAGCACGGAAAUUUCGAAUACUGAAUCGACCUUCGAUACCCCCCGAUCGGACUCUAUGCGUACAAAUUGACAGCGACAAGGCGUAAGACCCGAAGCGUAACGAAUGUCAGGAUGACGGAUAGAAUAGGUAGAUGUGAUGUGAACUUGCAAGUCAUGUGUGAAGCAGUAGUCGUUUUGAUCCAAAUUUAUUACUUUGAGUUAAAGUUGAAUUCGUAGAUUAUAUUUAGUUAAUUUAACGAGAUUGCUCAGUUUGUUGCACUGUAAGUUGUUUGUAGUCUGUUUAAUACACAAAAAUCCCAAAUUACCCUAGUAUUGUUCCCGUACAGGUUACCGCGAUCUGAUUGUUUCGGAUAUUGCUAGGAUUGUGUCUGCGUGUGAUCUCUAAAUUUUCUUUGCACACAUUUAGUGCUGUGGACGAUAAAUUGGAUUAUUAGAUUGUUGGGAUAGAGCUAACUGAGGAUACCACUUUGUAAGUAAUUAUGCAUUUCUUAUACUCAGGCCAUUUUUACAUAAUAAAUCUUACUCCCAGCUUAAGAACUCGGCACCACAACAUCAACCGUGCGAUUCUAAUAGAAGGUCCGAAAUUCUUCCC